UUAAUUAUACUUCCAGGUAAUUGUGGAGACUACCUGAUAGCAUGGAAUGUUUAAGGAGUUUGCAGGUUGGAUGAAGACAUGAAAGUAUAAAAGACCAAGAGACUCCUAUAGUUCAAAAGAGCUGGACUGAGUUCUCUCCAUUUCAUCAAAUACGACAAACAGCAGAAAAAUUGACAAGAAAGAAGGACAAUAAAGAGUUUAUAGACUUGAAAGGACAUCAUUCCCAAAGGAAACUCCUGCCCCAGAAGACAUUUAAGAUGUUGGACAGAGCUACUUCUAUUCUUUUCCUCCACUUUGUCAUGUGUUCUCUUUCUUCUCCUCUCUAUCCAGCACUCAGAUACAAUCCACUAUCCAUUUCUGGCAAAGCAGGGAGCUUUCAACUACAAGAAAGCGGUCCCGUGCACAGCCACAAUCUUUCUGUAGAGGAGCAAGAGAACUUUCUCAGUAGCCCUGCUGAAAAAAGACUGCAGCGUCAUGCAGAUGCCAUAUUCACUGACAGUUACCGGAAAGUCCGGGGAAAGGUAUCAGCACGGAAGUUAUUACAGAGCAUUGUUGGGAAAAGACUUAGGGAAGGAAGCCUGGGAGAUGAGCAACAUGAAAUCCUGACUAGGCGCCAGUCUGAUAGCAUUAUGAUGGACAGUCGCUACCACCAGAUGGUACUCAGGAAUUUCUUGGGAGCAAUGUUACAGAAUCAAAGGCCUCAAGAUAUUGAUAAUGACAAUUUAGAGGAUUUUGCCAGUGUUCUGAUCAAACUGAUGGAACUGUAGAGUGACUUCAUCCCUUCCCUUUCUCAUUUUGGUCUGUGCCAUUCUCAGGAUUGGCAUAAACUGCAAGGUUUUGUUUUGUUUUUUUUGGUGGGGGGAAAGGCUUCUAAAGCAGUGGAAAGAAAUGAACAGGACACUCCACUGUUAGCUGAUACUACUGAAAUCUUACCUCCUUCUAUAAACAAAGAAGAACAAAAAAAUAAAAGCAAAUGUUUAUAUAUGGAA